GUGAGUGACGUCAUUUUUCGGUGCCGGAACGGUUGCAUGUUAGGGAGCUGGAGGUUUAUUCAUUUGUUUGGUUGACAGUUUUAGGAAAGAAGUGAGACAUGAUCGAACAGAACAAGCGGAAAGGGCUGGAGCUGGUACCGGUGGCGGCGAAAAAGCCGCGGAAUGAAGUGGUGGCGACGGGCCCACCCAGAUCAUCCAGUCUCCAAGCUCCUAUUAUGCUUUUAUCUGGACAUGAAGGAGAAGUUUACUGCUGCAAAUUUCAUCCCAAUGGACUGAAUUUGGCGUCGGCAGGAUUUGACAGGCUAAUCCUUCUCUGGAACGUUUAUGGAGACUGUGAUAACUAUGCAACAUUAAAGGGUCACAGCGGGGCAGUGAUGGAAUUACAUUACAAUACAGACGGCAGCUUGCUGUUUUCUGCUUCAACUGAUAAAACAGUUGCAAUUUGGGACUGUGAGACAGGCGAGAGAGUGAAGCGUUUGAAGGGGCACACCUCAUUUGUAAAUUCCUGUUACCCCGCCAGACGAGGUCCUCAACUAAUCUGUACAGGCAGCGAUGAUGGUACUGUGAAGCUCUGGGACUUUAGGAAAAAAGCUGCAGUGCAGACCUUUCAAAAUACAUAUCAGGUUUUGUCUGUCACAUUCAAUGACACCAGUGACCAGAUCAUUUCAGGAGGGAUUGAUAAUGACAUAAAGGUUUGGGAUUUGAGACAAAAUAAGCUGAUGUACACAAUGCGAGGACAUGGAGACUCUGUAACAGGCCUGAGCCUCAGUUCAGAAGGUUCUUACUUGCUCUCGAAUGCUAUGGAUAAUACAGUACGUGUAUGGGAUAUUCGUCCUUUUGCCCCAAAAGAAAGAUGUGUGAAGAUCUUCCAAGGAAAUGUGCACAAUUUUGAAAAGAAUUUACUGCGCUGUUCAUGGUCUUCUGAUGGCAGCAAAAUAGCAGCAGGCUCAGCAGACCGAUUUGUCUAUGUUUGGGACACUACAUCUCGCAGGAUUUUGUAUAAACUUCCAGGCCAUGCUGGGUCUGUCAACGAGGUAGUCUUCCACCCUGAUGAGUCUAUUGUUCUCUCUGCUUCCAAUGACAAACGACUUUACAUGGGGGAAAUACAGUGAACCACACAUAUGCGUUUUAUCCCUUUAGUUUAGGUUCACACACAGCAGAUUUGUUGCAGAAAUUUCUGUGAUUGUUCAAACAUCUGAAUGCGGUUUAUUAAUUUAAACAUACAUGUUGCGUAAACAGCCCCAUUCAGAUGUAAUAAUUUUUGCAGUAAUUCUGCCUUGUGUGAAAAUGUUUACUGUGGAGUGGGAAUCAUACGUUUAUUCACUGCUUCCCAGGUUCAUGAUGUUCAUCAUGCACAUGUACAAAGAUCAGUGAGAAUGAGUAUUGUUGUGAAAUGCACAUU